UUAACCCUUUACUACUUUCGUUCUCUCUCUCUUCCCUCCCCCGCUAUUAACCCUUUACUACUUUCGUUCUCUCUCUCCUCCCACCUCCGCCAUUAUCCCAUAGUCCUCAUUCCCUCCCUUUCCCUCCACAGUCUAUGGAGAACCGGUGACAUUGACCUCGUUGGCCACUCCUGCACCUACAAUGUCAAGCCGGAUAUUGACGGCUUUGAACUCUACUUCAUCGGGUCCGUCACGUGUCCGGGCUGGACUACGCUCAGGGGAGAGUCCAACACCCGCAGCAAAUCCGGUGUUGUGAACGCCGCUGUGAAAGACUUCAUUCAGAAAGCUCUCAAAGCAGGUCUGGUCACCGAGGAAGAAGCCAAACCACACCUCGUAUAAUACCACAGAAAGUGGGAGAGAGGAGGGGGGUCCUUGAAUUUUUUUUCCUUAGUCACCCCUUGAUCAACUCACGUUUUCUAUGGUCGUCUAGUAUGUCUAUUUAAUUCAUGCAUUUAUUUAUCUCUAUAUUGGUCGUGUUACCCUAAUGUAAUGGUAGAUUUCUUUUAUUUUAUGUAUUUUUUCAUUUUAUUUUUUUCAUGGGUUCAUACUGUUACCUCUGAACAACUGCUAAGAUUUUUCUAGACAUAUUUGACUGUUUUUUGUAAACUUUUUGAGAAAUUAAAACGAAUGAUAUAAUGAUAUGAAUACAUGACCGUCAUUUAACAUAAAUUUUCUUCAAAGAUACAAGAAAAUGCAAGUUGAUUAUAGAAGCAAAUGUUGAAAUACCAAUGUCAAAAUAUCUGUAAUAUACAAGUGUGUGUAAGAAAAUAAAUAAAUGAAAUGAAAUCAAAA